CAUCUUGUAGCUUCUUUUGGGGUUGCUUAUUCUAGAGAAGAGCUGGCAGGCACCAUCACUGAAGAGUUGGUUGGCAGGAGGACCAUGGAAGGCUCGUGGAAGAAUUGGGUAUUGCUGCUGGUGUUCUCUCUGGCUUUCUAUCAAGCUGCUGGAAUUCCUGUGACGUCGCAGAAAGAAUGUACGGAAGAUCCAUCAAUAUUGUGCCAGGAUUUUGCUACAGCUCUGAAGUGUGGAAGCUUGGAGCGCUGUUACGAGAUCCUGCAAGUUAAUCAUCCUAAAAGCCUUAGAUGUUCUCUUUGUAAACUCCUUGUAACCAUGAUGGCAAAGAUUGUUCAAGACAAUUCUACAGAUGAAAGACUUGCUAAGUUUUUUGAGAGGGGAUGCCAGUAUCUUCCCUUCCAGGACUGGUCAGUCAAAUGCAAGAAGAUGGUGGACACAGGAAUAAUCAUUGUUAUAGAGCUUGGUAAACAAGUUCAGGAUAAACCUGAAAUUUUGUGUACCGCUUUUCUACUCUGUAGUCAACCAAGUAGCCCUGCUGGAGCCCUGAAUUUUCAGAACCAGCCAAAAUCAGAAGAAUGGCCUGAAAUAGCAGACUUUCCUGAAAUGCUGUCUCCCUUCAUAGCUAAUGUGCCUCUUCUCUUCAGUCCUCAAGACAAACCCCAAACAGAGCCUUGGUUCUGGCAGAGUACUCUAGAUCCGUGUCAUGAGUGCAUGGUGGUGGCUGAGGAAAUAUACGACAUCUUGAAGAACAAUGCCUUUCUUAUCCAGACUUUGCAGGAUUAUGCCAAGAAGCAGUGUGAAAAUUUGGGGACCCAAAUGGUAGAUGAGUGCAAGAAAUAUGUCCCUGAAUACGCACAUACUUUUGUGCAAUUCCUCAUGGAUCUCUUGGAUACGCCACCAAUGGGAAUUUGCAAAAAAAUUGGAUUCUGUGACGCUACAAAAUCAGAGCUUUUUCCUCCUUUGAGGCCAAUGGAGUACCUUUCAGACUUAUUUGGAGCAGUGGUUAAGAUAACUUCAGAUGCGGAUAAACCUCAUUUGGUGUGUGAUCUUUGCAAGAAAGUAGUACAGCUGGCAGAGAACCUGGUGGAGAACAAUAACACAGAAGAGCAAAUAAUCCAUCAGAUGAUGAACGUUUGUUACAUGUUGCCUCACGAAGUGGUUCCCCAGUGUAGAGACUUUGUGAAUUCCUAUGGAAUGGCGGUUCUCAUUAUGCUGUUUGAUGCCACUAAGCCUGAAUCCGUGUGCAUUAGGCUCAACUUUUGCCCUGAAGAUGUAUCUUUAAGCACCAACAAAAUAGAUCUUGAGGAAAUAGCUCCUGAGAAGAACGCAGCCCUUGAGAAAGUAUCAGAAGACAAGGAUGGUGAAGUGUGUGAAAUGUGUAUAGCUCUUGUUAAUUACAUUGAUGGUGAACUGGAGAAGAAUAAGACACAAGUCCAGAUUGUAUCUUUCCUUGUUAAAGGAUGCCAAUUACUCCCAGAAGCUUUGGAAUAUCCAUGUAAUCAACUGGUGAUCCAAUACGAACCAGCUGCUAUCAAUCUUAUGGAAGAAAUACUGCAACCAUCCUUUGUGUGUGGGAAAAUGGGAAUGUGUCCUGAACCCCGUGUGGGAAUGGAGGCCUGUUCCUGGGGCCCUACUUUCUGGUGCAAGAAUCCAGAGACUGCAAAACAGUGCCAGGCCACUGAAUACUGCAAACGCCACAUGUGGAACUAGAGGAGGAGGUCCUAGCAGUGUGGGGAAACAUUGAGCACAUCUGGAAACAUGAUUUGGGUGAAAAAUUGUGAAAAUCUGAGUCUUGGCCGAAGCCCAUCUUCCUUUCCCACCUUCAAGCUCUCAGCACCAAAGGAGACCACCCUUUCCUUUGCUGAUCAAGUUCUGAAUAAUUUUUUUCUUUGUUUUUGAGCUAUGGUGAGAAAGGAAUGUAGUUGAGAAGAAGCGGGGGGAGGAAAGGAUUAAGAAUUUCUUGGGAUUGUGUUUAUAAUAGCAAUAACCAAUUUUAGGAAGGUAAAACAACCAUAUCAUCAAAAUAACCAGAACAGGUCAUUUAAUGCUGGGAUUUUCAAGUGAAUAGCAAUAUUGAAUUUUGAAGAUGUCCUUGCACUUAAGUGGGGAGAUGCUAUAGGAAGUUGUUGAUCAAAACAGAUUAGAAGCAACAACAGCUGCAAAGAUAGUGGAUGUGAAAAGGUCUUCACAAAGGACAUAAAUCUGAGCUUUAAAAAAAUGUUAAGGAACAUCUCUGCUACUUAUUCUCAAGAAGCUCUGAGUUAAAGUAAUGUAAAUGCUAAACCUUAUAGCUAUUCUUGAAAUGUAGAAUAAUGCAGUGAGGCAUUCCCUUCAAAAUGCUUAGGCACAUUUUAUCAGCUGAAAAAAAGGGUAAAUCAAUGUUGAUCUAUUUGAUACUGACUAUCUAAUUGGCAACAGUACUUUUACAAACCCUCUAUAUUUUCAGAUUGGAUGCUAAAUAAAACCUUGAUCCUUGAACCAAUGCAUAUGUUGGAUUAACUUCUUGUCAGAUUGGUGGCUGUAUAAAUUUGAUAAAUAAAAAUUUAUCUUGAAAAG